AUGAUUCGACGGUCUUUUAAGUGCUAUAGUAUUUCUACAGAGGUAGACGGCUCUGAAGAUAGUUCAAUUUUUGAUUUUGAGAAAGCAUUAGGUAAAAAGAGAGAAAUUGGUGUUGAAGAAGGUAGAAGUCAUGAUGAUGUAGAUAAUGAAAAUGAUCAAAAUAAUGAAAAUGAUCAAAAUAAUGAAAGUGAUCAAAAUAAUGAAAGCGAUCAAGAUAAUGAAAGUGAUCAAGAUAACGAAAAUGGUCAAGAAUAUGAAUUUUGUGAAUAUUAUGAAAAUGAGGAGAGAGUUUACGUCAAU